AAGUUGCCAACACAGUAAAAUCGAGGGUGGUUGCUUUUUACUGAGCAGCCAGCUGUUAUUCAUGCGCCCUCUCAACUCUCUGCUGUACUACUCGUCCCUUCCCUAUAAGGCCCAUUGUCCUCAAUCGCAUUAUUUUACCAUUCUGAAAACCCUUCACUCCUCCGGUGUGCUUCAAUGGCUGAAUCUGUGGACAUGUCGCUGGAUGAUAUCAUCAAGAAAAACAAACAAAAGGACAAUGGUGGACGACGUUCCAGAGGUCACAUCGAUCAAAAGCGCCGCAGUGUGCGGGUUUAUGGUUCUGGGACUUGUAGGGGCGGACCAAGCCGCCGUUGCAGAAUGACGCCCUACUCAAUGCCGCAGCGUUUUCCAGAGCCAGACAAGAUGAUGGUUGGAGCGUCAGAGUGGGAUUAUGGGACUAAGCUAUUUGUAUCUAAUCUCGAUUACGGUGUCUCCAACGAUGACAUCAGGCUGCUGUUUUCAGAUGUCGGUGAACUUAAAGAGUACGCGCUGCAUUAUGAUAAGACUGGCAGAUCAAAGGGAACUGCAGAGGUGGUUUUCACACAUCGCUCUGAUGCUUUAGCUGCUAUGAAGAGAUACAACAACCUGCAGCUUGACGGGAGACCAAUGAAAAUUGAGGUGAAGUUUGUGACUCAUCCAGUGCCUUCAAUAUUGCCUGAUUUUGCACCAGAAAAUCCGCGAGGAACUUUCCAGAGCAGACCAGGAGUUGCAGCAGAUGGAAGGGCUCGUAAUGGUAGGAGAGGCGGCCACAUGAUUGGACGAGGUGGUUUUAUCGAUAGAAGCCAUCAUAAACCUGUCUCAGCCGAAGAUCUUGAUGCUGAUUUGGACAAGUAUCAUUCUGAUGCAAUGCACAUUAAGUAAUAUCUUUUAACUUUUUAGUCCUAUGGUUCUCUGUUAUGCCAUGUUCAACUUGAGCCAUCUCCAACAACAAAAGUGCGUUUUGUCCUAGAUGGAGAAAUCAUGGACACCGUAUAGAUUGUAGUAGGGUACAUAGAUAGCUGAAUACCCAUUAUCUAACUUUGCUCACUUUGUUUGGAUCGUAAUCUGGAUAUACGUUUCAUCACUAGUGCAUCGUUGUGGCGAGAGGAUUUAACAUUGUUCAUUUUAUGGUGAUUCCGCAAUGUUUUUCUUGCA